CGAGAUCAGAGAAGCACUAGCAGGGGCUACAAGUGCCUCACUCCCUACCCCUCCAUCCCCAUCUCAAUUCAGGACAGUGAGCCAUCGCCUCCCCCUCCUCCAGAUCCUUACACAGCAUGGACUAAGCUGGACCUUAAAUAUAGAAUAAUUCUACGGGAUGCAUGGAGCUGCUACAUGUAACUGAGAAGACACAGAGGCUUGAUGAGUGCAACAAUGUGGACUGGGAUUAUAGUGCUUCAAAUAACAAUGAUGCAAAGAUUCUUUGUUAUGAAAAUCACUUGUUGGCCUCUGCAAGUUCACCAGAUCAAUAUGAAUCCAUACCACUGGGACCAUCAUUGGAAGCACCAGAUCUUACAUCUUUACACAAAGGAAGAAAGAAGAUAUGCUGUGUUGAAGAACUUGAGACUUCUUUUACAUACAUUGAUGAAAAUGUCAACAUCGAAGUUGUGACCCAUCCUCCUCUAAGCAAGACAAGCCAUGGACAUGUGCAUCACAACUCAGAUAGAGAAAUUCAACCGGAGGGACUACAUGAAGCUUCGAUAAUAUCCGAUGACGAUGCUGUGUCUGAAGCUUCUGGAAAGUCUGUAGACUAUGGUUUCAUCAGUGCCGUUACAUUCCUAAUUACUGGAAUUUUACUAGUAAUCAUUUCAUACCUGGUCCCCCGGGACGUUAAAUCUGAUCCGAACUCUACCACAGCUAGGGAAAUGGAGCAAUUAGAGAGAAAGAAUGCUGUCAUAGGCGCCCACUUGGAUAAAUGUGUGAUAGCAGGGCUAUGUUUUUUAACUCUUGGUGGAGUAGUUUUGUCAAUUCUACUAAUGAUAUCAAUGUGGAAAGGUGAAUUAUACAGGAGAAAAACACUUGCAGCUAAAGAAUCUGCAAAAUUAUAUGGGUCCAUCAAUUUUAACCAAAUGAAAUCUGGCGGAAAUGAAAAUGUGUUAGUGCAAGAGGAUACAGUCGAUAUUGUUAACUAAUGUAAAAAAAAAAUUCCAAUAAUGUGCUUUUAAAAUAUCCAAUGUAAUACAAACCAUUUCAUGUUGAAAUGUAAGAUUUUUUUUUUGUAAUAUAUUGUAACCAUUCCGGUCCCCACUUUAUUUGGUGUUAUCAUACCUGAGGUUAUCGUCAUCUGCAUAUAUAGGGAAAUUAUUUAUGCCAUUGAUCAAGUGGCUAUUGCAUUACGAAAAAUGUUUUUUUUUCACAUAGUGGCACUUUAGAAAACAAAAGGUUCACUUGCUUUGCUUCAUCUGUAUCAUACAUAUGAGACCAGCGUUUUCCAACAUUUUAAAUAUUUAGAGCAGCGUAUCAUUAAAAAAACAAAACUAUAUGUUAUUGUCAGUUUGCUUUAUUUUUUUCUUCUUUUGAGAACCUUAUAUAAAAAUGUGUAUCCUUAAAUUAAAAAAAA